AUGACGUCCGCAUACGCCAAUGGCUCUGCUAAGGCGGCCUACUCGACAUCCUCUGCGACGCCGACUGCACUGAGCAGAUGGAGCAUCGCGACGACACAGCUGCCCGCCGUCGACAAGAUCAAGGCCCUGCACAUCUACGACUUUGACAACACACUCUUCAAAACUCCCUUGCCGAACCCCGCAUUAUGGAGCGGCCCUACGAUCGGCGUGUUGUCAAGUCAAGACGUCAUCUGCAACGGCGGCUGGUGGCACGACUCCCGAAUCCUCUCAGCCACGGGCGAGGGCGCCGACACGGAGGAGAAGCGCGCCUGGGAGGGCUGGUGGAAUGAAAAGAUUGUCGAACUGGUGAAGCUGAGCGUCAAGCAAAAGGACGCUUUGUGCGUGCUGCUGACGGGCCGCUCCGAGCGAGGCUUCGGGGAGCUCAUCAAGAGGAUGACUGCGAGCAAGGGGCUCGAGUUCGACAUGGUUGGACUUAAGCCUGCUGUCAGCCCGACGAACCAGAAUUUUUCGAGUACGAUGCACUUUAAGCAGCUCUUCCUCACUGCGGUAAUGGAGACGUACAAGAACGCCGAAGAGAUCCGCAUCUAUGAAGACCGUCCGAAACAUGUCAAGGGGUUCAGAGAUUUCAUGACCGAUUAUAACCGCAAGCAGAACAUCCAUGCUACUCGCACACGCGGCCCAAUUACGGCGGAGGUUGUCCAGGUCGCAGACAUGUCGACGACGCUGGACCCCGUGGUUGAGGUUGCCGAGGUGCAGCACAUGAUCAACCUUCACAAUGAGGAGAUUGGCAAGCAGUCAUCUGACGUCCGUCCGCAACGGCUGAGAGUCAAGAAGACUGUCUAUUUCACAGGCUACUUGAUCAGCAAGGAAGACACGGCGCAGUUGAUGAAGAUGGCCCAAAUCCCCCCUGGAUUGCCCGAGCAGGAGCUCAAGUUCCACGCCAACAACAUUCUCAUCUGCCCGCGUCCUUGCCCGGCCAGCAUCCUGGAAAAGGUCGGAGGCAUGGGAAGCAAGAUGAAGUGGGAGGUCACAGGUACUGCUUGCUUUGAGAACAGCAUCUGGGCAGCGAGCCUCCGACCCGUUCCUGCCACCGCGAAAUUUCACACAGACAACCCGUCGCCUCUCGUCGUUCUCGCCCUCCGAAAGGGCGCCCGCCCUGUGGAUGCCGGCAAGAUUCAGAAUUGGCAGCCUAUCCCCGCCGAUAAGGCAAUGACCUUUGAGACCACGGUUGGAGAGAAGAUGAUUCUACGCAUCGAGCCAGAGGACCCCCGCGAGGACGAGUACGAAUCGCUCUUCGCCAACAAGUCUUCUAAGCGGAAACACGACGGCGGCGACUACUCACGCGAUCACCACCGACACAACCCUUACAACGGCCGCAACGAGCGCCGCGAUUUCCAUUCUGGACGCGGAGGCGGAGGCGGAGGCGGUGGUCGUGGUGGCGGUGGCUUCCGCGGCGGUGGAGGAAGAGGCGGCAGAGGCCGUGGCAACGGUAAGGGCGGCCGCGGCGGACGUGGCAUGCACGGCUACCGCUCCCUCGACGACGUCGAGCCCCGGAAUCAGCAGGGAGGAUACGGACAGACUGUCGAGUACGAUGACAACAGCUACCCGUCCCUCCCGGGACAGUCGCAGCAGCAAGGCGGCUUCCAAGGGAGUCAACAACAACAGUACCAACCUCCGCUUAGCGCGUGGAACUCGGGACCUCCGCCAAAUGCCCCAACUGGCCCAGCCGGUCGUCUCAUGGGCGGCGGCGGCGGCGGUGGUGGUGGUAAUUACGGAGGUGAUGGAGGCGGCGCAGGCAACAGCAGCGAUCUUCAGAACUAUUACUAG